UGCCCCAAUGUUUUGAUUGAGGUAAAUCUCGGUCAUCCAAGCUAAAAUUCAUGUGAGUGCUCUAGGUGUUGUAGGUUGGCACCAUGGCCUCACCUUCGUCGUCCGAUUCGUCCUUGUCGUCCUCGGCCCCGCCCUCGCCUUUGCGCUCCACCCCAAGCGGGGGUCCGCCCCUUAAGCGUUCAUUGUCGCCCGCUGGGCCGGGCCGGCCCAAAAAGGAGAAGUUGUCGUCGCCGCCGCCAGCCUCGGUCCAGGAUUCUCAGCCGGAAGAAGGUCAAAUUGUGAGUGAGGAUGAUGAUGAUGAUCAGGCUGAACCAGAGACUGAAGACGACGAAUUGCGCGAGCUCAAACCCUCCUUACCGCCUCGAGGCUCGCCCACGGGCUCAGCCCCGGAUUCUCCCCCAGACACAAAACCCGAUGAUCUCGUGUUACCCGCGAGUGGACCCUCAUCACAAACUCAGUCGGAAGACCAAGACCCACCCAACAAGGAACGCCCGAGUCCAACGCCCAAGGAAGAAUCCGAUAAAGGGAACCACCAUAUUAGUCACCCCGAAUCCACCCCGGAACCAGAGAAGGUGAAGAAAACAAAAGAGGAACUAGAAGAAGAGGAACGCGAGAAGAUGCAAGUUUUAGUAUCGAAUUUUACGGAAGAGCAAUUAGACCGUUACGAGAUGUACCGACGAGCAGCCUUCCCCAAGGCCGCAAUCAAACGAAUCAUGCAAACAAUCACGGGCAAUUCCAUCGGCCAGAAUGUGGUGAUUUCAAUGGCCGGCAUUACCAAAGUGUUUGUAGGUGAGGUGAUUGAAGAGGCCCUGGAUUACAUGGAGAGCCUGGGCGAGCAAGGGCCUCUCAAGCCCAAGCAUUUGCGAGAAGCCGUUCGCCGCAUGCGGGUGGAAGAUAAGUUACCCUUGGGCGAGAAGAAGAAAUCGGUGAACAUGUCCGCUUAAUGGAAAGCGGUUUCAGAUUGUCACACUUGACAGAAAUUCGAUUGCUCAGCAUGGGAUGUUUCUCUAUGUGCCGCGGCGAGAUUUAAUUUGCAAAUGGAAAGAAACAAAAAGAUAGAUAUUUGAUGGAUCAUA